AUGGCCACAAACGGAACCAACGGCACCACUGGUGCAAGCAAGUUUGACCCCAACUUUACGGACCAUGUGAUUGGUCUGAUGAGCCCCGAAACGACGCCGAGAAACCGACAGAUCCUCACGUCUCUGAUCCGGCAUAUGCACGACUUCUGCCGGGAGGUCGAGCUUACGCAGGAAGAAUGGGUCAUUGGGGUCAAUUACGUCAACUCCAUUGGCCAGGCGUACGAGAAGAACCGGAACGAGGCCUGGAGAGUGUGUGAUAUCCUGGGCAUCGAAUCUCUUGUGGACGAGAUCAACCACAAGAUCGUCACGCCCGAAGGCGUUGUUCCCACGUCGUCCGCCAUCCUGGGCCCCUUCUGGUCUCCCACCACGCCCUUCCGCGAGCUCGGCGCCAGCGUGAUCCAGAACAUGCCCAAGGACGGCCAGCUCACCUUCUUCCACGGCCAGAUCAAGGAUGCGGAGACCGGAAAGGGCGUUCCGGGAGCGGUGUUCGACAUGUGGCAGGCUAGCACCAACGGCAAGUACGACGUGUUUGACCCGGAGAACCAGACGCCGCACAACCUGCGGGGCAAGUUCCGCGCCAACGAGGAGGGCAAGUUCUGGUUCUACUGCCUGAAGCCGACCGAGUACGCCAUCAACACGACCGGGCCGUCGGCAGAGCUGCUUCGCAUGACUGGCCGCCACCCAUACCGGCCUGCACACAUUCACAUGAUGAUCACGCACGAUGACUACAUUGGCGUGACGGCACAGCUCUACCCGAACGAUGACCCGUACCUGGAGACGGACACGGUCUCGGCCGUCAAGGACGACCUUCUGCUAGACUUUAAGCCGGCGGUUAACGACCCCAAGGGAGCCGUUCUCGACGUGGAGUACAACGUCCGUCUGCUGUCGAAAAAGUACAAGCCAGACAGCACGAUGUUGAUGAGCAACGCAAACCAGGACAAAUUUUAA